CUUUUUUUCUUUCUGCAGAUGUUGCUUAUGUGCACUGUUUAGGGAGAGACUGUUACAUGGUGUUUCCACAGUAUACUAUUUAGGGUGCCAAAACAAUACAUAAAGAACACUUAUGUAAAAAAAUAAAAAAAAUAAAUAAUAAUAAUAAUCUAUUCUUUACAUGUUUCGCUUGUUUACGUCCUAAUGUAACCGUGAAUGUAACAUUAGUCUACUACAGACAUGUUUAUGAUUUUAAACAACGUCACUUAUUGUAAUGGACUACAAAUCCCAGGUGGCCCCGUAUUUAGUAUCCAGGAAGUAGAUUCCGUUGCUAUGCAAACUGUCCCGCUUGCUGACCGAUGAGGCAAAAGAUAAAUGCUACACUGAAUAUCACGUUAUUUGGCUUCGAAAGGGUUUUUCAUUGAAGUUCGCAGAUGUCUCGUGAGUCCUCGCUGAAGAAGAGAGCGGGCUCAGCUGAGUUCAAUGGAUCUGCUUUAUUAAACCCCAAACCUGCUGCUGAAGAGCUGCUGCUCGAUCAGAGUCUGUCUCCGGAGAAACUGAAAAUCAUCUCAGGAGCAGAGGAUCUACACGAAGUGACGUCACUGGAGAUGUGUGUGGACACCCGAGAGGAGACUCUGGACAACUUCGGAAUCUACUUGCCCAAACUCACACAGCUGAAGAUGAACAACAGUCUGCUCUCAUCUGUGCGGGAUCUGGGAACCAGUCUCUCUCUCCUGCAGGUCUUAUGUGUGGCUCGAUGUGGUCUGACCGACCUGGAGGGCAUCUCUGCUCUUUCCUCCUUAAAGGAGCUGUAUGCGGCGUUCAACAGCGUCUCGGACCUGAGUCCAGUCAGUUUGCUGGAGGAUCUGGAGCUGCUGGAUCUGGAGGAGAACGAGGUUGAAGAUCCAGCUCAGUUGUGGUAUUUGGGCCGCUGUGUGAAGCUCAGGACACUUUCACUGGAAGGAAACCCUGUGUGCACCCGCCGCGCUCCAGGAGCCUCUGAGGACUCGGGCUCCAGCUUCAGGGCCGCGGUGCGAGAGCUGAUCCCGCAGCUGAUCUUCCUCGAUGAUGUUCCUGUUGAAGAGGACACAGCUCCACGCUGCAGAGCUUCACUGCAGGACUGGACUCUUCUCAGAGAAUCCAUCAGAGACGCUUCGCUCACAGAUGCAGACAGACAGCAGCGUCUGGAGACGGACUCAGCAGCACUCGAGGUGUUUCAGAAGCAGAGACCUGGAGAUCUGAGGGUCUCCUCCACGAGUCUCUCCAGACCUCUCACUUCCUGCAGCGGAUCAAGACCAGCAUCGACCCGCUCCGACAUCGCCGUCCUGAACCACGAGGCCAGUGAUCUGACGAACGGUGUCGGUCGAGUUCUCUGUGGAAAUCCACUACAAGCUGCUCGAGCUCGAAGACAGAAGAUAAAGCUCCAAAACUCUGUGUCUCAAACUCGUCCCAGCACACGGAGCAGCUUCACUCCUGAACACACGCUUGAGCUUGAAGAGAGCAGCAGCCGCGAGCACAGAGAUGUUUUUACUCAACUCAGAAGCUGGAGGAUUGAACACAACAAACGUCUGCUGGUGAUUGAGGAGCAGCAGUCUCAGGUGAUGAAGAUCCACCACAGCGAUGAUGAUGAUGAUGAAGAUGAUGAUGAAGGCAGUCACAGCCAAAGUUUCAGCAGCGAUGACAUCACUAGAGACACGAGCUCUCCUGAUUGGUCCGUUCAGUGUCCCUCCACAGAGACGCUGAGACUCAGCUCUUCAUCAGGCUGUUCGAUGUCUCCCUCUCCUCCACCCAGAGCCGCAGCAGCGCCCCCUGCUGGCCGGAGGAUCACACAGAUCCGCUCUCGGAGACUCAGAGCUCAUAAAGCCAGAGCAUCAGAGGAGACUCAUGGGACUGAGAGCAUCAUGACUGUAAGAUCUCAGACUGCGUGUCCUCAAAUCAUCCACAAACCUCACAGACCCUCCAGCAGUCCUCUUAGAGCACAAUGGUCAGAAGCCUCUGAGGAUCCUCAGCACUCAGACACCCAACAUAAACCAGUAAUAGUCUCUGAAAAACUGACGCCCAGACGUCCACAAACAGCCAGAGCUGCACUGCAGAGACUUCUGAAGUGAUGCAUUGUGGGUCAGAAUAGAUCAUACAUCUUCACUGCAGGUCCACACACUUUCAGAAACACUUUAAAGUUGUCACUGAAUCACUGUUUGUCUCGGCUUUAUUUCAGAAGUAGUUCAGGUUUGAUUGACAGGAGAGUCUCAGCACAGAUGUGAUCAUGUGAUCACUGACACAGACUGAUGAUAAUGUCAGGCGCAGGUGAACUCUGUUCUCCUGCGGUGGAUCUCCAGCAGCGCAGCUUCAUCUGUGACGGAUCAUGUCUGCUCUCACAGGUUCAGUGUUUGCAGACGCAGGUGCAGGACUGUUAUUCCACACGUCUCUGAAAGAUCUUCCACAGAUGAGAGUCUGAUAACAGUGUUGUUCUGACAAACACCACAUCAUUGAGUCUGUUAACCUUUCUGUGCAUAUCCAGAUUUAUGUUGUUAAUAUUUGGCAAAUGGAGGAUGGAAAAUUGUUAAUAAAGUCAAGUGGAGAUGAAAAA